ACUACUGACUAAUAACAAUCAUUUAGAAAUCAACAAGUGAUAUAAUAAAAAUCAAUAUAUUAAUAUUUUAAAAUGAGCGCUAGCGAAUCGGAUGGUAUUAUUAAAAUAAUAAAUGCUGUAAGAAAACAAGAAUGUUUAUGGAAUGUUCAUUGUAACGAUUAUGGUAAACGCGAUAAGUUAGAGAAAGCCUGGAACGAAGUUGCCCAGGAAGUGGGAAAAUCAGAUGUAUUCUGUCGAGAAAAAUGGCGCAAUGUUCGAACAGGAUUCCUACGUAGUAUUCAACAUCAAAUACGUGACAGCACUGAUGAUUUCAAUGGCCAAAAACGCAAACGUUUCUAUCUACAUGAUCAAAUGGCUUUUCUUCUGCCAUCUGCUGAAGCUCUCGAAUGUACACGUAAAAAACGUAAACUUAACAAGGAACAUAAUAAGACCUUAGUUGAAACUGAUGACACCGAUGGUGAUAGCUCAAACAUUUUGGCUGAAUACAAUUUAAUAAGAAAAACUGAACCACUCGAGAAUGAGGAAAAUGAAAGUGAAGAAUUUGAACACCAUACGCUAAUGAUAAAUGAAGAAGUUUACACCGACAAUGAUGAUGAAGAAAUUUUUAAGAUACUAGAACAAAAUAAAAACACAAAAAGUUCUGUAAAUCUUAGUAGUAAAGAGAAAAAUCAGCAAUUAUCUAUAAAAACUAAGGAGUCUAUGCCUAUGAUUAAUGAACAAAAUAAUGUUGAAUAUAAUUUAAAACAUAAUUAUGAUAAAAAUGUUUCUGAACCACAGUUUACACAAAGAGAAGAGCAACAAUUAGUCGAUUUUUUUCGCGGUUGUAUUGAUGAUAUUUUAACAUUAUCGAAACGAAAACAACGUUUAUUUAAAAAACGUAUGUUGGAUAUUAUUGAUGACCUUCAUGAUUCUUAACAAAGAUGUACAGGCGUGAAUUCUUUAUGACACAAACUGCGAUUCGCCUCCAAAUGAUUUACAUGAGUUUUUUUUUUAAAUAAUUUUUAUAAACCCUCAAUUUUUAUUGGUCUGUUUUUUAUUCUAAUAUAAUAAU